AUGGCGACACCGAUUGUGGUGGCGUUGCAGGCGCUCUCUCUGGAGGGGAAGAAGGAUGAGAGGGUGGUGAAAUGGCUGAAGCACUACUCGUCCGAGCAGAGCAUAUUGAUCGUCGGAGACGGCGACUUGUCCUUCUCGCGCUCGCUCGCCACUGCGUUCGGCUCCGGCGAGAACCUCGUCGCUACAUCCCUCGACUCCUACGCUAAUCUAAUUAGCAUGUAUGGCAAAGCGGAAUCGAAUGUAACGAAGCUGAAGAGAAUGGGCGCCACGGUCUUGCACGGUGUAGACGUGAAAAACAUGAAGAGCCACAUUGAUCUCAAGUUUAAACGGUUCGAUCGGAUAGUGUUCAAUUUUCCUCAUGCUGGGUUCAUAGGAAAAGAGAACCAGGUGUCUAUGAUCACCGCGCAUCAAUUGCUGGUGAAGAGGUUCUUCCGCAAUGCAAGUCACCUGCUUCAUCCUGACGGCGAAAUACACGUCAGCCACAAGACGGGCCAGCCUUACGACAGGUGGGAAAUCGAGGAACUCGCCUCCGAGUUUUCACUUGUUAUGUUUAAGACGGUUGAGUUCCGGAGAGAAGAUUACCCUGGGUAUAACCAAAAGAGAGGAGACGGGGACAGGUGCGACGAAGAAUUCCCUCUGCAUAAUGGCUGCACUUUCAAAUUUUGCUUGGAACAUUAAGAAGAAGCUGAAGAAAUUGCGUGUGUCCCUGUUAUUGCUGUAGUAGACUCCCUAAAAUUGUUACGUGUAACAUGAGGCCUUUUUCUUUUGCUAUCAUAUCCGUCUCUGUGAUGUUGCUUG